UGUGUUGUGCCAGGUAUGAUAGAAGGUGAGAGGCAACCUCCGCCCCCGGAAAAUUGUACGAUCAGGGAAGAGAGUCGGACAACGGUCAGGGUGAGCUGCGCCGAGAGCGAGUACAUCGACCCGCGCACUGCCACCUAUGUGCUGCAGGUCUAUGACGCGGACAACAGGCGUCUACUGGCGUCCGCGACUAGCAUAACGCCUAGCAUGCUCGAGAUCACCAAUCUACCAGCUGAGAGGAGUUACUCAGGGCUGGUUCUCUCGCUGAGGAUCAUGACGGAGCACGCGAUGAGCGAGGCCACGGUUCUUUACAGCCCGCACUUUGUUCAGGAGGGUAAGAUACAGGAGCAUCAACGAUACCCAGCUCUAACGCCGGUGAUGCUGUCGCUGUCAGGGCCAUUGCUCGGCGCGGUGGUAGGAGCAACGGCCGGCCUUCUACUAGUGAUCUUCGUGAUAGUUCUGGCGGUGAGAUUACGGUAUCGACCAAGGUCUCAGGAGGACAAGGACUCUCACGACGACGGCGGCAUGGCGAACCUGGCUGCGUCCGGAACCGGCAGCUCUUCUCCACGUGAUAAAUCGUCGACCUUGCCUCUCAACUCCGACAGCAUCGAGAGCUUCGAGAAGGAUCCAGAUAUAAUUCCUCACGCUAAUGAAAAUUCUUACGCCGAACUGUGCAAGGGCACUUCACCGCGGUACGUGUUACACCAGCAACGAACGGACGCGAAUACUUUCACCAACACAAGCAAUGGAUCAGAAUUAACGUACGCCGAGCUGUCGCUCCGUAACCGACGAAUACCUCCUAAUUGUUAUCAGCCGGUACAGGUAUCCAAUAUUCAACGGCCUCAACUGCUGGCCAUGUCGACUCUGACGCGUAGGCAACCAAUCCAGGAACCGACGAUUUACGCGCAAGUCGCCAGUCAUUCUAAGCCGAUUUAUGUACCACCCCCGCAUCCGUACAUGAGUCGCACCAACGACGAGACCACGGUAGAAACUCCAUUAAUCGGACACGACAAUAAGAUCACCACGAUUAGCCAAUCGGGUAGCUCAAUAUGGCGAACUGACACGCCGCCAGCUUCAAACGCACCAACGACAUGAUUCUAAAAUCCUCGAUUCUGAUCGAAGUCGACGUUUCUCGACACACCUGUUAAUUAUAAAAUAAGAAC